AGCGCUGACUUCCGGGAGGAUGCCGGCCUCUUCCGGGAGGGGUCUCCUCCGCCAGUCCCGGUCUCCGGCUGCAGUCGCCAUGGUUACAGGGCAGAAUAUCUCCCCGAGAACGUCCCACCAUGCUCUAUAUCUCUCCUUAGUUGAAGGGUGACAAUGAAUUCUCAUUGCAUUUGUAACUGCGAUUUACGAACAUGUGUGAAUAGGGGUUGGACUACAAUUGGACACCAAUGUCUGUGUUCAUCAUGGAACAGGAUUUCUGAAUUUCUUUGCUUUCCCAACAUGCUUCCACAUAAGGCAAAUAAUAUUUUUGUUUCUAAUUAGCUGCAAACUUGCCCUGCAUUUACAGUACAAUGAGCAACAGAAGAAAAUGUGCACCCCCCACGCGGGUUGAUGAGGAUGCAAAGAAAAGGCUGAGUUGGAACAUGUGUGAUGACUUGAAGCAGCUUCAACUACCUGCUGUAACGGAUAGCAGCAACAAUCCAUUGGCUGCAGGCUCAGAUUUCUCAGAACAUAGAGAUGCAGGGUCUCUCCUGGUGAGCAGUUUGAAACUGAAUAAAUCACCAAAUGUCUCCAGCGUGACUGAGACUGAGGAUGAAGGGGGAUCUUUCCUGUCAAGCAACUCUGCCCAUCCCAGAAUCGCCAUCUCCCCAUGUCAUCAGGACAAAGAAUGGCGAGCACAGCUAGAUGAGUUCAUCCUCCAGCUUCCAGAAGGCCAAGUAUUUCCAGAUAAUAUUUCGUCUCUCUCUCUUUGCUUGUCAAAGACUAGUAAUGAUAGUCAGUUGCAAAUCUCAGUCACUAAGGAAAGUUAUGACUCUGAGAGUGAUUGUCAUGAAGAGGUGAUUGGUUUUGUGAGAAGCUCAUUCCCUUUUACAGUACUGGAGGAUAUAUUGUGGCUUCAAAGAAAGCAAGUGCUCAGAUUGUUCCAAACGAAUAUUGAAGAUUGCCAAACUUUGAAGGUGGGUGUAUAUCUUCUUGAGUCUGGUUUAGGAAAACCAGUGGACCUGAGUGAAGGAAGCAGCAGAAUGAAAAAGACAAAUAUGUUGAUUCAGAAACUUAUGGAAUAUUUUUAUGACUUAGCUGCUCCAGAUGUACCUAACUUCGUUGAAGAAGCUAAUAAAGAACUAGAAAGGGAGAAUGUAGAAGAGCUAUAUGACUUUGUACGUCAUGCGCAUCAGCAGGAAGUUCUCUGUAAUGAGAAGGUUCAGCACACUCUGCUUGUUCCAACACUCAGACCAUAUCAGUGUCAGGCUGUCAAUUGGAUGCUACAGAAAGAAAAUUACUUUGUUAAUCCAUCCUCUGAUGAAAUUGCCCUGCACUUGUUAUGGAAGGAAUUCACCACUAAAGAUGGGAACAAAUUAUAUUACAACCCCUACACUGGCUGCAUCAUCCGUGACUGCCCUCUAUCAAGUACUGAAUGGCCUGGUGGAAUCCUGGCAGACGAGAUGGGUCUGGGCAAAACAGUGGAGAUGCUGGCACUAAUAUUGACACAUAGGUGUAAAGAUGUCAAGCAGGCCACAUUAUCAUUCCCAGAGGGAAAAUCGACAAACUACUACAUCCCACCUUCAGUGCCAACCGCCUCUUGCAGAACAAGUGUGAAGAAAAAUCAAAUCAAAUCCAAGGAAAAGGUGACCUAUCCCAGUCUUCGUGUGAUGCUAAUUACUGCUAUAAAGGAAGUGAAUGUACGGAAGUCAACCUCAGUCAGUGCAAUUUAUAAAUACAUCACCGCUACCUACAAGUAUGACAUUCAGCGGAAUCGCCAUCUCAUCAAGAAAACCUUAGCCAAACUUAUUGCAGAGCAAUUGAUCAAACAGGUCAAAGGUCAUGGCUUAGCUGGUUCCUUUAUUAUUGGAAAGAAUUACAAGGAACAAAUAAAAAGAAAGGGAAUGGAAAAGCAGGUCAGCCUUGGGAAAAACACCAUGUCUAUUGUCCUAAAUAUCGGCCAGGAGAUAAAAACAGAAGAAGCAGAUCCCACUUUGAAUACUGCAGACACUGGCAAACCACCAGAAAAUGAUUCACUUGAGUGCCUCUUGGAAAAUGAAAAUAAUAAUUGUAACGAAACUGAGCCAUGUAAGAAUGCAGUACAACCACCAGAACUAUCACAGGAAUCCGAUCCAAAACAGGAGGAAAUUCACCACAGAGGGUUAGAAUUUCUGUCACCUGGACAAGAGAUUGUAGAAAAUAAAGAGAUUGGUGAAAUAAGAAAAAGCUGCCUUACCUCGCUAACGCUGCCUGUGAAUGAUAACAGUCUCCCAAAUGUCCUCCAGGGAGAUUCUCAAGAAGACAGGAACACAACGCAUUUGGCUAAAAUGACUUCUCCCUACAGCAAGUCAAAGUGUCAUUUUGAGUGCAUAUGUGGUGAAAGCGGACUGACUGAUGAUAAAGCAUGCGUGCAGUGCUUGAAGUGCGAUUUGUGGCAACAUGCCACUUGUGUUAAUUACAAGGAAGAUGACUUAAAGAUCAGGCCAUUCUACUGCCCUCACUGCCUGGUCACUAUGAAACCUGUGUCCACAUCUGCAACCCUCAUUAUCUCUCCUAGUUCCAUCUGCCACCAAUGGGUGGAUGAAAUCAACAGACAUGUGAGAUCAUCUUCCAUUUCCAUACUGGUGUACCAAGGUGUGAAGAAACACGGUUUUAUACAACCUCAUGCACUAGCAGGGUAUGAGAUAGUCAUCACGACAUAUGAUGUACUUCGAACAGAGCUGAAUUACGUUGACAUACCUCAUAGUAACAGUGACGAUGGACGUCGAUUACGCAAAGAGAAGCGCUACAUGGCCAUUCCAAGUCCGCUGGUUGCAGUGGAGUGGUGGAGGAUCUGUCUAGACGAGGCUCAAAUGGUUGAAUGUGCCACAGCAAAGGCUGCAGAAAUGUGUCUGCGACUAAGUGCCAUAAAUCGUUGGUGUAUCACAGGAACACCUGUCCAAAGAGGCUUAGAAGACUUGUAUGGAUUAAUACUGUUUCUAGGUGCCGACCCAUAUUGGGUUAAACACUGGUGGGACCAACUCUUAUACCAACCUUACUGCAGAAAGAAUCCAAUUCCAAUCUACACACUCAUAGCGAAAAUCAUGUGGAGAACAGCAAAAAAAGAUGUUCUUGAUCAGAUUCAGAUACCUCCUCAGACUGAGGAAGUUAAUUGGCUGGAAUUUUCACCAGUGGAAAGACACUUCUACCAUCGACAGCAUGAGAUUUGCUCCCAAGAUGCAUUGCAGAAGCUGAGAACGAUUUUUGAUUGGAGCAUCAAGUUGAGCCGUCUAGAUAGGCGCACAGUUGGUUCCAUUUUGUAUCCCUUGUUGAGGUUGCGGCAGGCAUGCUGUCAUCCACAGGCUGUUCGAGGGGAGUUCAUUCCAAUUCAGAAGAGCACCAUGACAAUGGAAGAACUCUUAAAGUCUCUUCAGAGAAAGUGUAGCACAGAAUGCGAAGAGGCUCAUCGACAGCUAGUGUGUGCUCUCAAUGGGCUCGCUGGCAUUCAGAUUAUCAGAGGUGAGUUUGCUUCAGCAGUUGAAUAUUACAGAGAGGUUUUGCGUUCAUCUGAGGAGCAUAAAGGUAAACUCCAAACAGAUUCUUUACAGCGUCUCCAUGCCACCCACAACCUUAUGGAAUUACUUGAGGCAAAACACCCAGGCAUUCCACCAACUCUUCGCGAUCACAAGCUUAAAGAAGAAGCUGAGCAACUCAAGCAGCACUACAUGAGCAAAUCAGAUUUGGAAGUCUCUACCGCUCAACAAGCUCUACAGCCAAUUCAACAGAAUAUUCAAGAGCUGCAGCGCAAGAUUCAUUCCGGAGCUCCUUGGUGGCUGGGAAUCAUUGGCUGUGUGCAGCAGGCUUCUUUGUAUGACGAAUUAGUGACAAAAGUGAAAAAUGAAAUCUCAUUCAGAUAUAAACCAGAAGGCAACAAACUCUCCAUGGCUGAAAAAUUCCGGGACUGCAGAGGGCUUCAGUUUUUACUGGCAGUGCAAAUUGACGAGUUGAAGAAAUCCCAAAAGAAGGUGCACAACGCAGUUAAGAAUCUGGUAGGCCCUCCAUCUCAAGAAGAUAUUCGGAUUACCACAAUGUGCCAUCUUCGUCCUGUCCGAUUUCCCUUGAACAAUUGCCAAUUUUGUAAGGCAGAUGAACUAUUUACAGAUUACGAAUCCAAUCUUUUUUCGCACAGCGUUAAAGGCCAGAAGGCAAUCUUUGAAGAUAUGAUUGAAGAGGAGGAAGGCCUGAUAGAUGACCAUUUACCUACCACGAGUAGGGGACUGUGGGCUGCGAGUGAGACUGAACGAGCCUUGAAAGCUAUCCUAGUCUUUGGGAAGGCACACCGUUUUGAUAUCCUGCUAAUUGAAGAAGGGAACUAUUUCAUGGAACUGCUUGAAGCUUGGAAAAAGGAAUACAAGUUGUUGCAUGAAUACUGGAUGACACUGCGUGAUCGUGUUUCUGCUAUUGAUGAACUAGCCAUGGCAACUGAACGCUUUCAACUGCGUCUUCCAGAUGAUCCCAAACCAAGUCUUCCUCUUCUUCAUAUUAUUGAACCACAUGAGGUAGAACAAAAUCAAAUGAAGCUGGUAAAUGACAAAGCUGUUGCCACGUCACAAUUGCAGAAGAAGCUUGGUCAAGUCCUGUACCUCACAAAUUUGGAGAAGUCUCAGGAUCCAUUGAUGGGCAGUGUUAAUCCAGACCCCUGCCCCAUCUGUGCACGGCAAUUAGGGCAGCAGUGGGCAGUCUUGACGUGUGGACACUGCUUCUGCAGUGACUGCAUAGCCAUUAUAAUCGAACAAUACAGUACAGGGGUUCGACGAAGCUCUAUCAAGUGUGCAAUUUGCAGACAGACAACAACACAUAAAGAAAUCUCUUAUGUAUUCACGAAUGAGGCUACAAACAAAGAAGAUGAAUUUCCCAUUAAAGGUAGCCAUUCCACUAAAGUGGAGGCUGUGCUCAGGACACUGAAGAAAAUCCAGCAGAAGGAGCCUGGAGCCAAGUCCCUUGUGUUUUCUACAUGGCAAGAUGUGCUGGAUAUAAUUGGGAAAGCAUUGUUGGACAAUAACAUGGAGUUUGUUCAAAUCAAUGGACUCCACAAGUUCCAGGAGAAUCUAUCAGCUUUUAAAUAUGAUUCCAAGGUAAACAUCUUGCUGCUGCCUCUCCACACAGCAUCAAAUGGUUUAAACAUCAUUGAAGCAACAUAUGUCCUCUUAGUAGAACCUAUUUUAAACCUUGCCCAUGAGCUACAAGCCAUAGGGAGAGUGCAUCGUAUUGGACAAACAAAGCCAACUGUUGUUCACAGGUUUUUAAUUAAGGGGACAAUAGAGGAGAGGAUGCAAACUAUGCUUAAAAGUACUGAGAAAAGUCAUAACAAGUCAACAAUUAUACAAUCAGAAGCAUCUGUUCUGACUGUGGGGGACCUGGCUGAUCUUUUCUCAGAGGAAGAAAGGACUACAGAUGGAUGAAAGCAGAGCUUUAACUUAUGCACCGAAGAUGAACAAUUUCCAGAGUCUCUUUUGUUAUAUAUUGUGAUGAACUGUAUUUAGAAAAGGGUUCGAUUUCCACCCGGACAAUAAUGAAACUGAAACAAAAUGAAUAAUGGGUGAAAUUGAAUUAAGUCCCGACCUGAAAUGUCACCUAUCCAUGUCCUCCAGAGUUGCUGCUUGACCCGCUGAGUUACUCCAGAACUUUGUGUGUUUUUGUAAACCAGCAUCUGCAGUUCCUUGUGUCUACAGAAAAUGUUUUGUUGUUUUAUUUGUUAAUAGCUCUAUUUUAGAAUGCUGAAUACAAUGAAGAAAGUCUAGUUUCAUGUUCAAUACUGUGUGGAGGGGCAAGGUCAAUAAUUAAACAUUAAGUGAUGGUAAGGAAGCUUUACAGUGAAAGAUUGCUCCAAAUUUUGCUACAGCACGUAAUUUAAUGCACUUUGUACACUUAAGUUCAAAAUAUUUUGCUGUCAAUUUCAAAUGUUCGAGCUGCAAAGAAAGGGAAAUAAGUAACGUGGCACCUUUGUGCAUUGGGCAAUCACCUGUUACCCCAAUGACACUACAGCAUUGGAAAAUAAAUACAGAAUUAAGU